AUGGCGCAUCACAGCAAACCAUCUCUGAUGAGCCGACUUUUCCCUCAAGAAGGCCGUCUAACCGGCCAGCUUUCCCCUACCGAAGACUUAUCUUCCUCAACGCUGUUUUCGGCGGAAAAGAUUCCAUUCGGGUCAUCGUCAUCCUCAUCAUUUCAGGAUGAAGCCCGUCGCCGUAAUGAAUUAUUUCAAGCAUGUUCUGCUUCCUUCAAUAACGCUGCAGCGGGAGAUAGAGUACAGCAAGACAAGACCGUCGAGGGAGACAUUCUAGCACCUCUAAGAAGAGCCUUUGUCGAAGAGGGCAUGGAACUCCACAACUCUGUUAGGAGCAAACUGCUCAAAGCUCAGCAGGAUAUGAGCUCCCAAAUUUCCGACUUUGAGGCAUUCUCAUCCUGUAUCGCGUCUGAUGUAGACGACAUAUACGCCAAUUUGUCGUACCCACUCUCUGCAACUUUGUGCAGCGCUCCAAACUUCCCCUCAGCCACCAUUGAGAUCCAUCUUGCCAACGCCAAGGAUCAAUUGAAAGAGGCCGAGAAGAUGAUACGCAAUCUACAAGACGAAUGGGAAGAGAACGUCCGCUUGGAAGAGAAUUUUCGCCGAGAGCUUGCAAGCAUAGAAAAGACGCCUAGGCAGAGCGAUGCGGAUCAUUCCAGGAUGGCCAGCUUGAAGGAAGAAGUAGAGCAGCUUGUGUUAGAUAAUACACAGGCUCUUAACGAAAUAGAAGAAACAUAUAAAGAAGAUAUUCAAGCAGAGACGAUGAAGAUGAUGCAGGCCAUGUUGGUGGACUAA